UAUUGCCUAAACAAAACACAAGUUAGUCAUUCAACAGCAAUAUCCUAGUCUGCUACUGUACUUGAACCAAGUCAGCCAUUAUCAGGUUGAAAACUGCUUUGUUCUAAAACAUUAACUUCUAUGAACCGACCUUAGCAAGAAAUUAAGCGUUAUAGCUUGGUUAACAAGCCUUGCUUCUGGAGCGAUCAUGUGUUUAUCCAUCUUGAUCUGCCUACUGAAACAGUGAAGCAUUGGAGGCCAACAUCAUCUCUUUCAAAUUCAUCGGUACGACUUGAUUCUUCUUGUCUUUUAGUCAUCCUUAUGAAUGCGUACUUUUAUUCCUCGGUCAUCCUCUUCCUGCUUCGAGCACUUCAAAGCAGAGCAGUUUUCAAUAUUAUUGCAUCAGAGCCACUUCUUCAGAACCAGACACUGUUGUCCAAUAGUCAAAUCUUCGUGCUCGGGUUCUUCACACCUAAUGGAUCAAAAAACCAAUAUGCUGGAAUAUGGUAUAAGAACAUGACUCCUUCCAAAGUUGUCUGGGUGGCCAAUAGGGAUCAGCCACUAGCCAAUACGGAUCGAUCUACGAGCUUGACAAUAGGCGCUGAUGGAAAUCUGAAGCUUCUUGAUGGACAGCAAAGCCUGGUCUGGUCUACCAAUGUCACUGUCAAUUCAAAUUAUUCUGUAGCAACACUUUCGGACUAUGGAAAUUUUGUCCUGCAGGACGCAAAUUCGAAUGAAAUAUGGGGAAGCUUUGAUGAACCUACUGAUACCGUUGUCCCAAACAUGAAGUUGGGACUAAAUGUCAAAACAGGAAAGAAAGUAUACUUGGUUUCCUGGAAAAGUGAAAAUGAUCCCUCAUCCGGAAGCUUUGUGCUAGGAAUCACGCCAGAGACACCACCUCAGGCAUUCGCUUGGAACAGAUCAACUCCUUAUUGGAGAGGUGGGCAAUGGGAUAAGUCGACCUUCGUCGGGAUACCUGAUAUGGAUAGCACAUACAUGAGCGGCUUUACUCUUCAGCAGGAUGCUCAGCAGGGAACAUCAUAUUUCAUACUUAACAAUUACAACAACUCUUUCUUCGGAUAUAUAUUUAUCUCAUCGGUUAACAAUUACAACAACUCUUUCUUCGGAUAUAUAUUUAUCUCAUCGGACGGAUCUUUAAAGCAAGUUGAUUGGGAUGACGGAACUGACAAGUGGUUAACAAAUUGGAAGGCACCGACCAGUCGCUGUGAAAUUUAUGGAACUUGCGGUCCUUUCAGUGUUUGCAGUUCAUUAAAAUUGCCAAUAUGUAGCUGCUUAAAAGGGUUUAAACCAAGGUCGAAGGAAGAAUGGAACAGAGAAACCUGGACAGGAGGGUGCAUCAGGGAAGCAGAAUUGCAAUGUCAGAGGAACACGAGCACCUCUGCUCCAGUAACAGUAAAAGAAGACAUCUUCUUGAAAAUGAGCCAGAUGAAAUUGCCCGAUUCUUCUAAUUAUUUGUCAGACAUGGCAGAUGCAGAAGAAUGUCAAAGUUGGUGUCUGAGUAAUUGUUCCUGCUUGGCUUAUUCUUACGUGUCUACUAUAGGAUGCAUGGUUUGGAGUGAAGAGCUCAUAGAUAUUGAACAAUUCACCACAGCAGGGGAAGAUCUGUUUAUUCGCCUUGCACAUGCAGGUUUAUCAAAACAAAAAAAAGUCAUCAUCAGCCUAAGUACAAUUUUUGGCAUCAUCUUGUGUGUAGCUGCCAUAUAUGGUCUAUGCAAGUGGAGAGCUAACAAAAGAGGGAUGUCUAAGACAAUGAAAACCCCAGCACUACUUUACUCAGGGGAUAUGACGGAUAGGUCAGAAGAAGUGCCAAAUGCUUGGGAAGAGCAAUGGAGGCAAGAUAAUGCAUCAGAGUUGACACUAUUCAGUUUUGAUAGCAUAUUACUUGCGACAAACAACUUUAAUAUAAGCAAUAAACUCGGGCAGGGAGGUUUCGGCCCCGUUUAUAAGGGAAAGCUGAAGGAUGGGAAGGAGAUAGCUGUGAAAAGGCUUUCGAGCAGCUCAUCGCAAGGCGUGGAAGAGUUCAAGAAUGAGAUACUUAUGAUUUCUAAACUUCAACACCGAAAUCUGGUCAGACUCCUAGGUUGCUGCACGGAAGGAGAGGAGAAAAUCUUAGUAUAUGAAUACUUGUCGAACAAGAGCUUGGACGCCUUUCUUUUUCAUUCAAGAAAGAAGGCAGAACUGAGCUGGGACAUUCGUUUCCACAUCGUCCAGGGGGUUGCUAGAGGACUCUUGUACCUACAUCGGGAUUCUUGUCUUAGGGUUAUUCAUCGAGACUUAAAAGUGAGCAACAUCCUCUUGAAUGAAAAGAUGGAUCCGAAAAUUUCUGAUUUUGGGCUGGCACGGAUGUUUGAAGGCACUGAAGUCUUGGUAAAUACACACAGAGUUGUUGGGACACUCGGCUACAUGUCUCCUGAGUAUGCCAUGGGUGGAAUAUUUUCUGAGAAGUCUGAUGUUUAUAGCUUUGGAGUACUGCUCCUAGAGAUUGUCAGCAGCAAAAAGAACACUAGCUUAGAUUACCAUGGACAACAUCUCAAUCUCCUCAUUUAUGCAUGGCAAUUGUGGAGUGGCGGUAGAGCAUUGGACCUAAUGGAUGAGGCAAUUGUGGAUGCCUUUGCACCACCAGAGGUGAUGCGAUGCAUUCACGUAGGGCUUCUCUGCGUGCAGGACCAUGCUGCGGAUAGGCCCAACAUGUCACACGUGGUUCUGAUGCUAAGCGGCGAAUCAGACCUUCCUCAGCCGAAACAACCUACAUUUACCUUUCGAAGCUUAACAACUCCUGAAAUCCAGUCAUCACAACAAGAAAGUCGUUGGUCUGCAAAUGCCAUCACUACCACUGUCCUUGAAGGUAGAUAAGCAGUCGUCAUCUUCUGUAAAAUUGCUAUCUAUGUAUAAAAUAGAAUGGCUUGCAUCUGUAUUCUGUACCAAAGAAUGAAGGGACAGUUCAGGUUUUUGUGAAAUUAUCCAUUCAAACAGCUACAUA